GUCAAAUUUGACAAUUAUUGAAUUUGUGAUUUGCAUUUUGUUGUUUUGAUCAUCGUCACAAAAAUCUUUUACGGUUUUUGAGAUAACUAUUGUGCUAAAGUGAAAUAAACUGUUCCAAGCUGAAUUUAUUGCAAAAAAUAAUGACGUCCGCCGUGCCUACAGACAGAAAUGAGGAGCGACGACGCAGGGUCCUGCUGGGUCCUCUCCCAGCCAGUUUCCUCCGGGCCGAUGUUGCCACCGACACUCUGGAUGCGGACUAUGAGGCUGCACUGGCUCUGCACCAAACUAUGAGCGGUGCCAUGAUGCCCGCUACUGGACCCCCGCUGCAGGCCCGGCUGAGCAUCACCAUAGCUCAAGCUAAGCUGGUCAAAAACUAUGGUCUGACGCGCAUGGACCCGUACGUGCGCGUGCGCGUCGGCCACUGCAUCUACGAGACGCACACCGACCCCAGCGGAGGCAAGACGCCGCGCUGGAACAAGGUCAUACACUGCCUGCUGCCGCCCGGCGUGAACUCCAUCUACCUGGAGAUCUUCGACGAGUGCUCGUUCACGAUGGACGAGCUCAUCGCGUGGGCGCACAUCGGGAUACCACCCGCGGUUAUUAAGGGCGAAACUCACGAAGACUGGUACCCUCUUAAUGGGAAACAAGGCGAUGGCAUGGAAGGAAUGAUCAACUUGGUCCUUAGCUACGCUGUGACUCCAGCGCCCACGAUGGCGUACCAACCAGUAAUGAUGUUCCCGGGCGGCAUGGGCUACCUGCCGUACCAGCAGGCGAUGCCGCAGCAAGUACCACAGCCGCAGCCGCAGCCGCCUCAACCACAGCCUGUUACUGAGGAGCAGCUUGAACAGAUCAAAGAGAUGUUCCCGAGCAUGGAGAAAGAAGUGAUCAAGUCAGUUCUAGAAGCGAACAACGGAGACAAAGACGCAGCUAUCAACUCUCUCCUGCAAAUGUCAGAAUAAGCACUACAAAUACAUAUUGUUUCGUUUAAGGAGAAGCUCUUGGUACUGAGAAACAUUUAUAAGUUUUAUAUUUUGUUUAUUCAAUGCCAAUAUUAGCAGGCCCAAGUAUUCUAAAAAGGGUUUUGAUUGGUAUAAAUGUAUUUAUCGAAUUAUCAAAUCAUAAGAUCUUUAUUGAAAUAUGUAUAGUUAAAUUUGUAAAUUGGAAAUCUAUGAUGAAUUUGGAUAAAUAUACGAACCUUUUAGUCAUAUAUAUUAUUAAUAUUAUCUAUUGAUGUAGGUGUCUACAUGAACGAUUAAAUAAGGCAUCUCAUUAAAACCAAAAGGCCCAUGCUUGCUCGCUGUAAUGCUUUAAUGCAUUUUAUACAUACAGUUAUAUACUUUGUA